UCAAAACAUGGCAUUUUGUGUCAAACAGCUCUAAAAUUGUGUUUUAUACAAAAUAAACUCGUGCAUCUACAUUAGAUUUCUUUAUAUUCCACAACUAAAUCUCAAGUUUUCCGCAAUGGGUCACGCCAUAAGUAGAUCAGUCGAGAACAGAGAGUCCAUCGUCGCCUACAGAAACUUCCUGAAACUCUACAGAAAUCAGCACAGGCAGAUGCCCUCCAAUGAUGCAUUUUUGAAUGCGGCUCGUGUUUGGGGAACUUUCUCGCCGGCUCAGCGGAAUCGAUAUGCUCAUAUGGGUUCCGCAACCAAGAUCAUAAUGGGUGCGCCCAAGCGGGUGGCUCCCAAGAAGGCCAAAAAGAUUACGAAGAAAGUGGUUGCUCGUAAAAAGGUGGUUAAAAAGAAUCCCAAGGCGAAGGGAGUUCCUCAGCGACGAGCUCGCGAUAAUGUCACUGCUUAUAAACCGCUAAUACGCAGCAGGACUCCCGUCUCAGGAGCUAAAAGGAUCUCGAACAAUGAGGUGGUUAGAGAAAGUUUGCUACCCUCGAAUGGCUUUCUAAACUUCAUGGAGUUCUACCAUGAGAUCCAUCGCGAUAUGCCGAAAUCCUUGGCGGUGAAAGAGGCUGUUAGUGCCUGGAGCGAUAUGAACAUGGAGCAGCGUGGCAUUUUCAACAUGGACUUGUAGCAGGGAUCUUACAGUACAGUACAGUCAUCAUGUCACCCACUUCACUCAAUCAAUGCCCCACGCAUGGCCGCCUGUCACGUGAGAAUCCAAUUCGGAAUCAAGCUUAGCCAAGCGGUUACACAAUCGCCGUGAGUUCCGCGCCCAAACACAUGUACUCCAUCACGCAACCGGCGGCACGAAUGUCCAGAGCAACAGCAAGGAGUAGCAGGAGCAGGAGCAGGAGCAGGAGCAGCAGGAGCAGCAGAAUGAGGAGCUGGAAUAUAAACAGAAAGCAGAAAACAGAACCACAAUCAUUCACAUUUAAAUUAACAUUUCCCGCCGACGAUUAUCCUAAUUGCGAGCCGGCCUCGUCCUAACCAAAGAUGUGGAAUAUGCGCCGCUUUCCAUUUAAUAUUUACAUUCACCUCGGUGACGGCACGCGAGUCAGCUAAAAAAUGGAUUCAAUGUAACGCAAAACAAGCGAGGCCUCAUAAAAAUGAAAUGCGGAUAAAUCAAAUUAGCAUUUUGUACAAAUAGCAAAGCAUUAGCUCGCGUACGGCGGCAAUUUGUAAUGCCAGAAGGCCGCAUGAAGUCUUGACGUGAGAGUCCUCGCAAAAAAGGACAUGCAAGCAGUAUUCGCAUUGGAGGUCAUGCCAAAAUGAGAUUGCAUAAUUACCCGGGAAGCUUUUCCCCGUGGCUUCAAAUAUUGCAAGACCACAAUCCCCAAAUAGAUAUUAAAACUAAUGACACAAGCCGCAGCCGCCAGACAUCCCGAUUCAAUUAGGCUCCUCCUGCGGCCAGGAUAACCACUCUAGGACUUAAGGACUCUAGGAGGUCAGCGUUCGGUUUUUGUGGGCCAAACUCACAGUGCUCUCCCAGCAAAUGUUCGUGUUUUAGUACGGCGACUUUAUUGCAACACAAUGGUAUUUUAAGUGGCAGCAAUAAAAAUGAUUUAUGACCCCACAAAGGCGACCAUCGAAA